AUGAGACAGGCUUUCUUGCCGCUGGAGAACCUGCGUACAUGGUCUCACUUCAACGACGUCAGGCUUUUCGAAGCUUCAAUCGAGCCCCACAUCAUUGGUGAGGAUGGCAACGAGAAGGGCGGCGGGCUACAAGCCGACGCCGAGCAUGGGCCGGGGAAGCCCUUCCUCGCAGUGCCCCUAGACCUUGUCCUGUCCAGAGAGCGAGUUGAGCAAUGUGCGAAAGCAGACCAAUAUUUGAAAGGGUUGAUCGAAGCUGCUCCGUCCUUGUUAAAGACUCCGCGCACGGCAGUGCUUCUAUUCCUUGUCUACCAGAUGACCAUCAACAGCCCAGAUUGUCAGGGCUAUGGCCUGGGAGUUGGCAACCCCUUUGCCGACUAUGUGAAAAUGCUACCGCAUGAUAUUCUCCUUCCCACCUUCUAUACACCAGAAGAGAGGGACUUGCUUACCGGAACUUCGCUCUCGGAUGCGCUUGACCAGAAAAUGAUCAGCCUGGAACAAGAGUUCGACAGUCUGAAAACCUUUACAGAAGACAUUCCUUGGUGCCAAAAGAUUUGGUGGGACGAUCGCACGGGCUGUCUGACUAUUGAAGACUGGAAACUUGCAGAUGCCAUGUACCGCUCUCGUGCACUUGAGUUACCACGCGGCGCCGGCGUAGGCAUGGUUCCUGUAGUUGACAUGGCAAACCACGCCUCCGACGACCGCUACAAUUCUAGAUUCGAGGUUGAUGAAGAAACAGAGUCAGUAUUGCUGGUUGCACGAGACCACAGGACCGUCAAACAAGGUGAUGAAAUCACCAUAAUGUAUGGCUGCGGAGGCGCAUGUGAGAUGGUUUUCUCAUAUGGUUUUCUGGAGGAGCACGCAAGCAGCGCAAGGGAGAUGUUCCUUGGUUUGUCUAUCCCAACCGACGAUCCACUGCGUGUGGCGAAGAUCCGAUUUGCUCAAGAAGCCCCUGGUGUCCGCAUCUAUGUUGAUGACUCAGAUCAGGUACAUUGGGAAAGCACUUUCGUCUGGUGGGCCUGCGUCAACCAAGAAGACGGUCUGGAUUUCCGCGUGGAGCGAACCCUCGACGGAGAGAUGGAGCUCAAGGCUCUAUGGAAGGACAAAGAGCUUCAUGCAGGGGCGCUGCAGUCAAUCUUGGAGGAUGAUCCUUUCCGAGAUGUGUUCGUUCUGCGUGCGGUAGUCAUGAUCCAGGAAAGGGUCGAGGAACAAGGCACAAAGCUCGCCACCAGUGAAGAUGACUUCCAAAAUGCCCUUGUCGGCGAUCAAGUCAGAACCCCUGUCUAUCAGACCAUCGGAAGACUCCGGGCCCUGGAGAUCGAGCUCCUUGCUCGUGCCUACGAGAUGCUAGAGACAAAGAAGGCAGACCUUGUUGGUUCUACCGUUGUCCGCGCAUACCUGGAAAAUGGCCAGCCUCCAACAAGUGAAUCCAUCGGUAUCAGCCCAGACGAUUUCUCGUGA